AUGUUCGACACUCAUUCAAAAUUGGGCAUUGCCCAAAUUAUUUUCUACAUACCGGUCACGGUUUUAGCCGUUUAUCUCGCGUUUUAUCGACACAACCGACCGCGCAUGGCAUGGCUCAUCUUAAUGUUUUUCUCUAUCAUUCGCAUCACAGGAGGUAUUCUGGUCAUUCUUUGGGGCCAGAUUCCACAGACCGGACUAAUGGUCGCCGCCAUCAUCUUCCUCAAUACUGGCGUGUUUCCCCUAAUUGCAGCAACUCUUGGUCUCAUUCGACUCAUUAUGGCCCGGGAGGACAUGGAAUCACGAAUCAAUCGCCAUUUGGUUCUUUCUCGAAUGCUUUUUUUCAUUGCUCUUGGUCUUACAAUCGCCGGUGGAGUCCUUGAAGGAAGUGAUACCCUCAGCGAUGUAGAGACCGGAGUCAAACUUGUCAAAGCUGGCUACAGCCUUGUCGUGGUCUUCGUGGCUUGUCUAUUGGCCAUCCAAAUCUCCCUUUGGACUCGCUACACUUGGCUCGCUACCCCAAGUCAAACAAUUCUCAACGCCGCCACCCUUGCGACACCUUUUAUAACUGUUCGCAUCUGCUACCUAUUCCUCUCGGUUUUCUAUCCAUUAGAUCCGCGAUGGUCCAAUUUGACGGGUCAUAUCGUGCCUUUCCUCUUCAUGGGUCUCAUCAUGGAAUACUGCGUUGUGGGUCUUUUCCUUGGGACGGGCUUUGUUAUUCCUCGUAUGAGAAACGGAAGUGAUAAGAGGGGCUUGCUUGUUCCGGAUACACCAGACCGCCAAGGGAGGGACUCAAGUUGUGGCGCGGAACUUCAAUAG